UGUUGAGAACGUUUCUUUCUCGGAAUAAUGUUUUGAAUAUGAACUUUUACAUACAAAUUUACAUUCGAAAUACUUCAAGAUAGACAUUGUUUCUAAUAUACCCCUACAUUUUAACUAAACAAAUAUAUUUUGUUCAAUCAACUUGACCUUUUUUGGACAGGUUCUAAGAGCUAAAGUUAGAGUAGCACCAGUCAUGUCUACGGCGAUCAACAAUGGACACAAUACCAGUACAGAAGAUUUUACCAAACAUGUUUUUGGAGGAAAUGCAUCAUCCGAACAAAUCGUAGAAGAAUCCAAAACAUGUGGUAAAAUUUUAACAGUUUUGUCAUGGAUUAUCGUAAUACUUACCAUGCCUUUUUCCCUCAUGGUUUGUUUUAAGGUGGUACAGGAAUACGAACGGGCAGUAAUAUUUCGCUUGGGUCGUCUUCUCUCAGGUGGAGCUAAAGGCCCAGGAAUAUUUUUUAUUCUUCCAUGCAUCGAUGCUUAUGCCAGAGUUGACUUACGCACGAGAACAUAUGACAUACCUCCUCAAGAGGUUUUAACAAAAGAUAGCGUUACCGUUUCCGUUGACGCGGUGGUAUAUUACAGGGUUUCAAAUGCCACGGUGUCGAUUGCCAAUGUCGAAAAUGCUCACCAUUCCACCAGAUUACUGGCACAAACCACAUUACGAAAUAUAAUGGGCCAAAGACCGCUACAUGAAAUCCUUAGUGAACGUGAAAGUAUUUCCCAGCAUAUGAAGGCUCUUCUAGACGAAGCAACCGACUCCUGGGGAAUUAACGUUGAACGUGUCGAAAUUAAAGAUGUUCGUUUACCGGUACAAUUGCAACGAGCUAUGGCUGCAGAAGCAGAGGCAGCACGAGAAGCACGCGCUAAAGUAAUUGCAGCUGAAGGAGAACAAAAAGCUUCUAGGGCUCUUCGAGAAGCAUCAGAAGUUAUAGGAGAUUCUCCUGCAGCAUUGCAGCUACGUUAUCUUCAGACAUUGAACACCAUAUCAACAGAGAAGAAUUCAACCAUUGUUUUUCCUCUGCCAAUCGAUAUCAUUUCGUACUUCGUGAAAGCUAUGGAUGCAAAACAGUAGAUAAUGUUCACUGAAAAUAUUUUUGUGAAGUUUUGAAAAUUAAUUACUAUAAUAAUUCCUGCUUUCUUUUUCUUUACCGUAAAUAAGGAACAUUUAAUAUAAACUAUUAUAUAUCAUUAUUAUUUGACACAUAAUGAUAAUUCAAUACUCAUAAUUUACUUAAAUAAACGAAUUUAUAUAACUACGAAAAGUGUAGAUUAAACGUCUAUGUUAUCAUUAAAAUGAAGACUGUAUAAACUAUUAACAAGAUGAAUUGAUUGUUUAAUACAUAGUUAUUUAAAACGCAAAUAAGAAGAGCUUUAAAACUUUCUUAAAAUUUAUAUGAUCAACUCACAUCUGAUACAAAGUUUUAAGGAUUUUCUUGAGGCACAAAUAUAGCAUAGUUCCAAAACUUAACGACUUUUUAGAUAUUGGUAAUUUUCGACACAAAUAAAUCAAUGAGUCUUGAUAUAUACAAAGUGUCGUUUUUGUGAAAGGAUCUUUUAUAAAAUUGAAAUUAGAAAUAUGUUGUUACAAAUACUGUCUGGCACUAAUUAUUCGAUCUGCAAACUAAUUUCAAUGAACAUGGUUUUAAAGAAUUAUAGUUUAUAUAGAAAAAUAAUUAUACACAAUAGAUAUUAAUCAUUUGCAGAUCAUAACUGGAAUACGAAGCCAUUCAAAAUCGAUAUAAUUUAGUAGAGUAGUAGAUGAAAUGACGUAGUAUUUAAAAACAUCAGGUCACGGAUAGUAAAUUACAAUUAACAAAAUGUAAUACAACAAACAAAAGUUUAUGAGCAUUCUUCUUGAAUAUUAUUACAAUUUUUCUUAAUUAGGUUUUUCUUUAAUUCAAUUUCUCAAAUUAAUAUCGAACCUAUGGGAGCUUACAAAACCAUUUGAUCUUCUUUGAUGAUGAAAUUGAAUUUAUUGCUUUACACCAUUGUAAUAUUUUCUCCAAUUAACUGGGAAUUAUUUCACGCAGACUUUGACGAAAAUAUGCACAUCGAAAAGUUCAACUAUAAUCUAUCCAAUCCCAAUCGAUAUGAGGCUGAAUAGUUCUGUAGAAAAUUGAAUGCGAACACAAAUAACGAGGAUUCCUAAUAGAACCAGGGAUUUCGUGGAAAGGAGGGGUUCUCAAAGAUGUAGGAUAAAGUAAAUAAUUUUAUGAAUAGGUACAAAAGUGGCAAUUCUUUAUUAGGUAUAAACCCAAAACACUCUCGAUAAUGCUGCUCCUCGUAAUAUUAUACCAAAAAAAAGCUUUUUAUAUAUUACUAAACAAAAUGUUGUGUGCCAAAAUAAAAAAAAAAACGCGACUGGUGUAGAUUUCUUCACGUUUAAGACUGUUUGAAGAACCUAUCCAUAUCAAAUCCAAAUUUUUAAUCGAUACUAACUAAAUGAAAUCUACUUUGUAAACAAAAAUUAAAAUAAUAUUGAAAAUAUCAGGAAAAUAUAUAGAUUACUAAGCUUAAGACUUGAAUAGACCUUAAAUACGAAAUAACGUUUUCGUAUUUUACUACACGUUAUAUAAGGUAGUAGUCCAUUAAUGGCAUUAACGUAACGUAACAUUUUCAUAAUAUUCAAAUGUUAUGUUUCUUCAUAUGAAUAGUGCCAAAAAUUAUAUAAUAGGAAUUAUUGGAACAAUAUCUAAAAUAAUGUUUGAGGAUAGUAUUGGUAAUGACAUAUUCUUUUUUUAUAUAAAAAUUUUUGCCUUUUAAAUAAUACUUUAAGUAAGUUUCAUAAUAUUGGGAUAGUUCCUACUAUUUCAUGUAAUUUCGAUUAUAAUUCAAAUAUUUAUAAGAGUAUUUUAAUGAAACUGGUCUAUUUUUAUAUGUACCUUUUGUCCCGUACAAUUUCUAAUAAAAAAUAUUAUUGUAGAUUAUUUCAAUUCUCACGUUUUCUCACUACAUUUGAAUAUUUACUGCACUAAGGUAAAAUAUAUAAAAGUUUUGAUGUUCUCGUCUAGACAAAAUAAUAUUUUCACCCAAACCAGUAGAAUCUUUAAUCUGUGAUCUAAAAUCGAUAUUCUGUGUGAUUUAAUUUUACCUUUUAAAUUAACACCUAUAAAAAACAAAAUCGUCAAAUAUACUACCGUAAAACGGGGUUACAUUGAACAUUUUCUUUAAAUUUUGUCGAAUAACUCUUUUACCUGUGGUUCAAUUGAAACGAGGAAUAUAACACUUAUGGGUCACUACAAAAACAAGACUUUACGUACGUCAGAUUAUAAAUUGAGCGUAGCUAUGGAGAAAUAGCUCUAGAAAAGUUGCUGUUCAAUGUUACCCCGUGAUCGGGAUAACAUUGAACAAUGGUAUAAAUCGGAUUCAACGUACCCACGGGUUAAUUAUUCGUUCAAUAUAACUCCGCCAUUGAAACAAGCGGUAAAAAUUAGUAGGGAGUCAUUUUAUUUUACCAUUUUUUCUCAAUACCAAGGUGGUUAUAUUGGUUGACGAAAUAUAUCUUUUAAAAUUUUCUCUAUUAAACAUUAAAGUCCUUAAUACAGUGUAAUACAAUCUUAUUCUAGACUAAACAAAUUGGUAAUUCAAAAGUAAAAUAACAAAAGAUAAGAGAAACGUAUGAACGACAGUCUUUAUAAAUACUUUUAGCACACAGCAUACCCGUCGAAUUUAAUCGAAAAAACCACUUUUCCGCGGCGGUCUUCAGCUGGAGCGAGGAGAAAUCUCUCAAAAUCCGAGGGACUUACGAUUGACACGUCGUCUACCUGGGAAAAAAACAACAUUAUAUUUCGUUAUAAUGCACAACGCAGUAAAGAAUUUACUGCCAAUAGAAGGCAGAAUUUGACAACGUAGUUUCCAUGAGGCAGUUUUGUUUGUAAAAGGCCGACGAAAAAUUUUUAAAUUUUCUUGGUUGCCAAUCUCACAAGCACAUAAUCGUUAACGACUGCAGCCUCCGUCGGCUCUUUAUUCUCUUCUUGAAGCACUUCAUCACAAAAUGUCUCGAGAUCACAAUCAGAUUCGUCCUGAAGCUCUAUUUCUACGUCGGACUAUCACUAUCAAAUUCCUUAGCAGAUUUUUUUUAUUCUUGGUGGUUGGCGCAGAACAUCCAGAACUUUCUCCUGUUUCAAAAUCUUCUGGCUCGAUGCUUUUACCCGGUGCAAUGUUUAUUUUCUUUUUUCUUUGAGUUCUAGGUCCUUUUUGUUCCUAAUACCCUGAAGAAAUUGUACAACUGUGUCAUUUAAACUGUUUUCGAAAUUUUGGUUUAUUUCAGUGUGGACAGUACCAGGCAAUUUCUUUAAUAUUUCAUUUCUGUCUAAGCGGUAUAUACCCGUUCAACAUUAACUUCUUUAAGAGUUUUGGAAACGUCUCUUUUGGAAGACCAGUUGUUCCUGUCGCUAACUUAUAAUCACUGAGUAUUUUACGCCACUGUUUCUUUAGCGGUGCGAAUAUUCGACCGACAGUCUGAUAAAUUCCUCAGAGAAAUGGCUCGCCAAGUUAUCCCCGAUCCAAUACUUUGACUCCUUCUUGAUGUCUCGUGUGAUAGAGAAAAACAGAAGUAAACUAAUUUAAAAAGGUUGCAUAAUCAAAUCAUCCAUUAGUUGUAGGGUUGUAUCUUGUUUUAUCGGGUCCUCCUUCCAUCCAGGUUGUCCAAAGGUUUUCUACUUUGUAGACUACAUACAGUGGCAGCAGAACUCCAGAAGCGCUUCCGCAAAACAUCAAAGAAAUAUUUGAUUUUAAGUGAGACAAUAAACGUUCUGGGUAUUUCACCCCUCUUUUAGAAAAGCAUUUUGUAGACCCAGGGUCAUCCGAUAAAUUUGUCUCAUCGAAAUUGUAUAUGCAAUCGGGGGAAACUCCGUCUAGACAUUGCUCAAGGUUAUCAAAAUAUGCAUUGAAAACUUCUUUAGUGGUAGAUGCUUUAUUUGGGUUAAUAGUUUGGGAUUUUCUAAAACUUAUUAUUCUGUUUCUUUUCAGAAAGCCUUUAAUCCCGUCGAUACCAGGCAAAUUAUUGUUAAACUACUUAACUGUCCUAACCAUUUUGUCGAAAUUGCUUUUCAUAAUAUGUCGUACAUCGUCGUGAGUCAAAGGAAAGCCCCACUCAGCGGUUUUCAAGAGCAUAUCAAUCAGUAACUUUUCUUCGUCGUUGCUUUUGGGAUCUUGUAUAUCUUCGACGCCUUGGAAAGUGACAAAUUUUUUGUUUUGAUUUCGCGGAUUGCUUGUUCCAUAGUAUCCAUAGUUCCAUAGUGAUGUAAUUUUUGUAUGAUAGACUACCCAACUUUCUAACGGGAUUUUCGAACUACACUAUCUAAUAUUUCCUAACCUCCCAUAUAUUUUCGACGCAGAGUAAUGUUAGACGGAUCGCGUACGAUUCAAAACUAACGGCAGGAAACAAUAUUACAUAAAUCACUCGCGAUGUAGCCUAAACACACUGAUUCUUGCCGUUUAAUGUUACCCAACUUUUCCAAAAAAAUUACAUAUUUUUUUAUUAUGUAGUUAAAAAUAUUUCAGAACCCAAAUCAUUUACGGUCUUAUGUAGAAUAAGGUUCAACGGAUAUAUUUUAUAGAAGGCCGGCUGCAGACACAGAAACAAAGUUCUUCUCCUUAAUUUUGAGAACCUGAAAUGAAAUUUCAUAAGAAAGUCCAAGGAAAACGUAUUUGUGAUCCUCAAAAAAUUAGAUCGGUUCCAAAAAACAAUUUCAGGCCAACUUGUGGAAAAAUAUAAUCUUUAUUGUAAAAUUGUUCAAUUUUAUCCUGGGGUUCAAUGUAACCCCGUUUUAUGGUAGCUAAUUAUUUUAAUAACUUUCAACGAUUCAGCUGGGAUAAAAUAUAUUUAAAGUCUGUAACAAAUAUGUCAUACAUACAUUAUAAUAUUAGUCAUUUUAGUCAAGGAAUUAAUACCAUACGAUAGUUAACCUAACAUAACUAAUACCUUAAAAUUUUGAACGGACACUGAAAACUAAAAUUGAUUUUUAAGUUCUACUUUGGCAAAACAAGAAUAACAAUAAUAUUUCGACAUUUGUGAUUGUACAUUUAGUAUAUCUAUCAUUAUCAUAUCAUUGUUAUUUUUCUUAGGUAUUAUUAUUUUAAAUUUUUGUUAUACCUAAGAAAUUGAACAUAUAACCAAGUUCAUAGUUUUAGAAUAUGACUUGUUAUUAUAAGUAGUGACCUGUUUUCGAUUUGUGAAACAACCUUGCAUGUUUUCAUUGUAUUUUCAAUUUUGGUUUUUACAUCAAAUGUUUGUUAUCUUAGGUAAACGAAAUCAUGCUUUUUGAAUCCACUGAUUGCUUUUUUAAUCACGUAUUUACAUAUAUUACUUGUUAAUUGUACAGACGCUGAACACUAUAUCAGCUGAGAAGAACUCAACUAUAGUAUUUCCGUUGCCAGUCGAUUUAUUAACAUAUUUCGUUAGAGCCAAGGAAGCUGCUGGACAAAAUGUAAUUUAAAGUAAUUUAAAAAUUUCAAUUUCUACCUUAAUAAUUAUGAGAUUUUAUCAACGUGUAGGUUAAGGAGGAAAACACUCUCGAUUUUUGGAUAAAUUUGAAAACAUUUUACUGAAAUGUUAACGAUUGUUUGUUUCUCUAAGCUUUCGACAACCAAUAGUUUUUAUAUGACUGAAGUAAAAACAUAUAUUGGCUUAUUUUCCCAGUACUAAAUUUAUUAUUUUGAACUCGAUUGUAAAAGUUCAGAUACAAAAUUCAUUUUUUUAUGCCACCUAAAUAUAAUUACAACAAUAAUCAUAUUUAUUAUAUUACUGUAGACGUUAAGAUAUUUGAGCCACACAAAAACAAAUGUUAAUGUUAAUUGAUGCCUACACUAUCUAACAAAAAAUUGAAACACUCGUAAUAUUCAUUGGAUAUGAGUAAUUUUGUUAUUUAUUAUGUAAAAUGUAUUUUCUGAAAUAAAUGUUUGUGUUUUACAA